AUGCCGGGCCCUGUCCUAACGACAAACGAGCACAUCGGGACCUUGUCUGCGAUCCCUACUCGGAUAACAAACAGGACACAGCCGUAUUCACGAGGCUCAAAUGGUAGCGUUCGAGAUAACCUCAUCAGCAUAGUGACUAAUUACCAUAACAACCAAAAUAAUCUGUUUCGCGUUCAGACGCAUUGUAUUAAAGUCUCUCAUCUGAAUGUAUGGUCCUUAAAGAACCGCGAACAUUACCAUCAAGUAGUUGAUCUUGUUACUACAAGUGACUAYGACGUGUUUACCGUGUCCGAAACGUGGCUAAACUCAUCUGUUAGAAACAACGAAAUAAAUAUACCGGGAUACAAAUUAGUUCGCCUGGACCGUAUCAAGAAAAGAGGUGCCGGUGUUUGUGCUUAUGUUCGAAGUACCCUGAAACUAAAAGUGCUACGCGAUAUGACAACAACAUCAGAAGAGGGUUUCCAACAAUUAUGGUUUACAAUUCAACACAAAAAAUUAAGAUCUUUGGUCUUUUGCGUAGUGUACCGUCCGCCGGACGUASCGCUGUCCACACUUUCUGAUGUUUUAGCUCCAGCCUACUCACAAGCAGCUACGUUUGGUAAAGACAUCAUUAUUCUUGGCGAUAUGAAUUGCGACAUGCUUGCUCCCGAAAAACCAGAAUAUAAAGCUCUUAAGAGCUUGUGCACUCUACUAAAUCUGAAACAACUGGUCUCCGAGCCUACCAGGGUGACUGCAACAUCAGAGUCACUCAUUGACGUAAUCCUUACUUCCAACGAGGACCUUGUUAAAAAUUGUAAUGUAUUGCACACCACCAUCAGUGACCACUUCUUGGCUUCUUGCGURCUUAACCUGAAACGUCCAAGAUCUAAUCCACCUGUUAUAACAACUCGCAGCUACAAAAACUUUGACCCUAAGGCUUUCUGUAAGGAUAUUUCAUCUGUUCCUUGGAAUACAAUCAACAUCUUUGACCACAUUGAUGACCAAGUGUCAAUGUUCAACACUUUGUUUCUGGAAGUUCUUGAUCAACACGCCCCCAUAAAGACAUUUAAGGCCAAACAUAAAAAGUCAAGGGUGAUCACUCCUGAAAUAAAAGACCUGAUAUCUCAGCGAGACUCUUUGCAGAAGUUGGCGCGCGAAACAGGACAGUCAACUGACUGGGACACAUACAGAUCCAUGAGACAACGUGUCAAAACAGAAAUUAGAUCAUCUGAGACUAAACUUAUUCGAGAGGAAAUCAACUCUAAUCGCUCGAAUAAAUCGUCGAUCUGGAAGACCGUGCGCCGUUGUCUUGAUCCCCACGGAAACUCUAACUUAACCUACUCUAGAGACUCAAUGGAAGUAGCUAACUCCUUCAAUGAAUACUUUGUUUCUGUUGGCGAAACUGCUGCUACCCAGGCCUCACAGUUAGCGGAAGAUUAUGAUUUGCCAAAUGAUGCAAAGAAGAAGAAAGAUGAGGCAGCAGUUGAAAUGAGGCAGAGGUCCAUGGAGAAGUUUAGUGAGACCCAAAAAAGGAAGCGGGCCAUUUGCUGA